UGAGUGGUUUCCCCUGACAGCUCGCCAAUUUUUGUUACAAAAUUUCGGAUAGGACAUGGUCUCUGUGUGAAGUUACGUUACCGUUAGGACUGUUCUCGGAAGCGGUCUCUAUGUGGUCUACGUGUAAAGUGAUGGUACCAUCAGGACUGUGUGCUUUAUGAGUGUCUUUGUUCUGGUCAAAUUGACCUGAACAACGGUUUAAAAAUGUAAUUUUUUAACACACACAAAUUCUUGGAGUAAACAACGCGUGUGUAUAUGUCAUAGUUCGCACGCUUCAAACUAAAUUAAUGUGAUCUCUAGUUGUUUGAAAAUUGGUUGCUAUCAGCUUGAAUGUCUGUAUGAAGAUGAAGCCUAGCUGACGCUUAUAAAAUGACUGACGAGAACGAGGCUGCUCAUGGCUGUGAAGUGAAUCCGUCGAAUGAUGUCCUCACGGUGGAUCCUAUUUGUGACACCGUUUCGUACUUUGACGCCAUGUCUUGUCAGAAGGACAUUUCGCUGGGAGGACUCAAAGAUGAACUAUUGUGUAGUGCUGCCAAGACAAAACCGGAAGUUAGCUUAGAAAACAUCACCAGCAAGCAAGAUGUGUCGUGCUGGAGUGACUCUGGCUUUGACACACCGAAACAUGUGACACAUGACCUCGUCUGCUACAAACACGAACAAUGUGUUGACCUCUGGUGCGAGGACAGCACUUUAAAUCAGACACGUGAAAAUCAGUCAAUUGUGGAAGCUGUGUCUCAAGAGACACACCGCUUCAAAGAGCAGUCUACUUGUAGUGAAAAUUCCCAGCAUACCCUCAUGAACGCCUGCAGACGACCACGAAGUUUAUCCAUGGACAGCUGCACAGACGAGCAAACUACUUCUGCCAUCAUCAGUGAAACGUCUUUAGAUGAACACAGGCAGAUCCCAAGAUUGCAAGGCCUAGAGCGAGAGAGACUUAAAGAGGAGUAUAUCGCUUCGCUUGGACUAUCUAAGCGCCCUCCGCGUCCGAAAGCAGCCCCGGUGUUCAAAAAUCGAAUUGCACAGUUCGAGAAUAUCAUGAGCUCUGUUCAGUCUUCAUCCCAACACAAGGAUGUUCAUUCCAAUGCUUCCCCCGGCACCCAAAUGUUCCGCACGUCUUUCAGUUCUAACCUUCUCUCUAGCAAUGACGCCCUCGUUUCGACUCAAGAUGCAGAUGGCAUCGGCCCGCCGCGUACACAGCCGAAAAACAAACCUCCUGUGCCACCAAAACCACGGCUUCCUGAGUGGGCUAAGAAAAGAUUACUUGCCAAAUCUCGUCUGGGUUUAGUAUCUCAGUGUGAAUACUUUGAACAGUUGGCGUCCAAACGAGGUCAGCACUCUGGCCAUCCGGAUGUCAAGAGAAGCUUCAGCUGCCCCUCACCAUGUGACUCACUUCAACCAAUGAUUUGUGAGCGCUUAGUUAACGCAUCUUCAAGUGACUGUUUAGACUCUGCUCAACUCUCAAGUCAACAUUCCAUGGACCAAAGACUGGAGCAGCAGAACGAUGUCAGCUUUGCUCACCUGCCAACUUUCAACAAAGCUUACAACGAUGACGAGAAGGCGUUAAUAACUGAAGCCGGCAGACUUACUGUUUAUCGCAUGAGAUCUCAGAGUCUUGGUUCACACUCGGACAGCGGUAUAGAACCCGAAUCUGUUUUUAAGCGAGUGACUCCUGGGAAACUUUCCAAUUCAAUGAGUGAUAUCAUCAGGCGGUUCGAGGCGGUAGACCAAAAAGAUACUCCUGUCAUUCCUGCUAGAAAAUCAAAGUUUUCCAGUAGCAUUUGUCGAUAUGAGAAUUCGGUGCAGUCAUCUCUAAGUUUUUCAGGGGAUUGUGCAGUGGGUGUCCAAAUACAAGAUAAUAUUGAAAAUAAAGAAAAUGUAUGUAAUCGAACAGAUCAACUGGGAGUAUGUACUGAUCGAUUUGAUCAACUGGGAGUGUGUAGCGCUGGAACUGAUCAGCUAGGCGUGUGCGGUGAUCGAUACGUUCAGCAGAGUUCUGGCAGUCCAAAUAUGAACGAAAUAGACAAGCUAUACUCAAAUGUAUGUCUUGAAUUCGAAUGUCAGUCUAGGGACAAUUGCUCUUGUAGUGAACAGAAAGUUAACUUGCAGUCAGAAGAUGAGUGUCAUACAGCUCAAUGUAAAGAAAAAUACUUGUAUGGCUACAUUCCCAAUGCACAUUUAAACCUAGACAUUGAAUCUGACACUGUGGCUUUGCAACGUGAAGAUUUGUCCACAACAGAAAGUGUCGACCUGUAUUCAUUUAGUUUAAAGAAAGAUUUUGUGACGUCAGACAGCCCAAAGUCCACAUUUAUUGAACAUAAGGAAAUGUUUCUAAUUUUACAAAGUCCAAAUUUAAUCAAAUCACCUUUAUAUAGUAAGCAGACGCCGGCUUCAUCCAGUAGUUGUGAAAAAUACAGAACAGAGUCAUUUAAACACCCAGAUAAACCAAGAUGUCAAUGGUAUAUAAGGCAGUUUUCGAAUCAGUUGGCUAAAACCAUCCUUGAUACUUGCUUUGAAGAUUUCAAGAAAAUAAACAAGUCUUCGUUUCCUAUCACAGUCGUCGGUUCACCUUUAGAUAUAAUCCAAACGCAGAUUUUUAGUAACAAGAAGUUUGAGCAUUUUAAUAAUACUUUUAGACACAGCUUCUUACUCAAAGAAAACCCAGAUAUUCGUAGGUCACAGCACAAACAUCUAGACAAUGGUAUUGACGCAAGUCCUGAUUUAAUCAGCCAGGAAAACAAAAUGAUUUCCGAUAAGCAGAUGGGAAUGAGUGACUUUGACUUAGUAGAUGUAGUACAUCUAGAUCAGCACAAGGUUUAUUACACUGGUGCAAUCCAUUCCGAUGCACUCAAUAAUCAAUUGGAAGGAGAAAUUCAGUACAGUGCUCUCAAUAAUCAUUCGGAAGAAGAGAUUCACUCCGACACCAUUGAUAAACAAUCGGAAAGAGGUUUUGUUGUCAGGAAAAGUUAUUCUGACAUUUCAGGCAGUGUCGAGUCGUUUUAUUCCGGCUACUCGGAGAGUCUAGACUCUUUUCAGUCAGCUGAUGAAACUCUUCUGGAGCAAAGUAAAGAAAUGUUUGACCUUCCUGAAGAUUUCGAUGAACAUCAUCUGGAGAACUUUUUCCAAGGCCAGAAUCCAAUGUCGACUUUCGAGGAAAUAAUUACACCCAUUGCUGAUACGACACUAAUUAGCGAUGAAUUCGACACGUCGAAGUGCGUAGGAUGUUUGUCACACCACGGCGCUUUCGACUACUUAGAAUGCGCACAAAUGUAUGAAUUGACGUCUUUGGAAAAAUUAGAAGACCAUAAUUUUCGAGAAACCUCUCAAGAAACAUCCGGAGCAAUUGAUGCCUUCGAAGCUAUCUCUUUCGAUUGUUAUGAAAAGAGGAACAUCCUAAAAGAUGUACUUGAAGAGAAUGAGCACCAACUUAUAUUAGGUGAUGGACAGGAAGCAAACGUUUCUAUUAUUUCUAAAUUGAAUAUCAACGUUAUUGAGUGCUCUAGUCCCCCGACAGGCCGAGAAGCUAAGGGCAAUGUAACUGACGAUCCGCUGGAAAAAUAUACCUCUGUAGAGCAUUCUAAAUGUGUUCAGUAUAACUCUAGACUUUUAAAUAGUCUUGAUUUGGCAGAUAGCAUAGGCGUAAUUUACGACAUUAGCUCCAAUGGGCGCAAAGCUAAAUAUAAAGAUACACUGGUCACAGCUAAGAAAGGUCCACGUUUAAAUAAAGAAUUAGAUGUUGUAGUUGACGCCCCUGUUUUUGAUCAAGAUAAUGUCCUAUGGAAAGAAAAUCAGAGUCUUCUAUCUGCAGAUUCCGUAGACUUGAAACAGAAGGGUGAAAAAGAGCAUAAUUCAUACAGGCCAUGUAAAACCAGUCUUUACUUUAGUUCGGAUGAUCUAUAUAGUCUGGACGGGAAAAUGUUCCCAAGUGAAAUGGAUAACGUAACCCAAAUACAUAAUGUCAUCCAUGAAAAGUUUAAACCUACUCUAGCUGUGAAUUAUGAAGAGUACGACAAUGUCCACGAGAAUGAAGGAAGCGAGGACUGCCUGGACAGCGGUUACUGGUCAGCCUUUCACUCCCACGACCACUACAGCUUCCAACCGGAAGCUCAUCUGGACACAAUAUUCGAGAAUGAGGAGGAAGAAGAGACUGAGUGCGCCUCGGAAACCCAGAGAUGUCCAAUGUCCACCCAAGUGGUCAGUAAAAACAACCACGAGAUCGUCUCCAAUGACGUGGACUACACACUGUCCAGCUCCUCUUCAGAGGGGGACCUAAAAUGUGGGGCGCCUUGUGUCAAGUCUAAAUCCCGCUGUGGGGCGGGAGGAGACGAUUCCUCGGAGUCAAUGGACGUAGACUCUUUGGAAGAGGACGAAACAGAAGAGACUGCCAUUGGUCACAUUCCGAGAACCGCUGAGAGAAACACAGAUUCGGAGAAGAAAAUACAGGAACAAAGUCUUCAGCCUCGUUUGUCUUUGUCUUGUCAUCUUACAUCACAGUAUGAGCCGCCGCCAUUGUCGCAUCUUACAUUCACACAUAGCGACCAACACGUAAACUCCCCACCCGUCCACAAGUCGUCAGCUUCCGUCCUGGAAGAUCAUCUCAUGACUAUCAGUGACAAGAAGGCCAAGGACGCAAAGCCUACGCCCCAGAUCAAAGAUAAAAAUUGGAAGGAAGCAGAGGAUGCCGGGGUUUUGCCCAACUCUGGUGUAAGGUCCCCGCUCAAAUCCAAACCGGCAUUUCACUUGGACCUGGCGUCUUCAAACAUGGCCCAGUCUGCGGCAGCCGAUGCUCAGGAUCUUCUUGAAAACGCCGCCUCUGGACUUCACAGAAUUUCUUCAGCGAGCAAUUUUCAGCAAGAUGAAGAUGCGUCUCGAAUUCAAAAUUACUACAAAAUGUUGGAGAGAUCCCAGUCUGACGCAAGUCUUAUCAAAAGGGAACAUGACCUGUUGGCCGACCUUGACGAAGUCCACCUAACAGCAGCAGAGUCCAGCAGUGGACAGAACAUCAGUGAAUGUAAUAGAGUUUACUUGGACUUAUCCAGGGCUGAAGCAUUCGAGAGGGUUGAACUGGAUGAAACAUCAGGGUCAAUGAUGAUGAGGACAUCAUCUGGUCGACUUUUGGAGACUAUUCCACAAGACGAGGAGCUGAAAACGGGCGAUCUCAGCUACAUUUAUGCUACUCGUCGAUCUUUUUCACAAGAAAGCUCCUCAAGUUUAGAAGAUUUGUCCUUCUCCUCCAAGUGUAAAACUAAAGAAAGCAAAUUCAAAGCAAAAUGUUCUACAUCUGUCACCAGUAGCAGUUGUGAAGGAAACAGUCUGAGUUCAAAGUCUAAUCUUCGUUCCAGUUUUCAGAUUUACUCUCAGUCUUUAAAACAAAAGGUGCGUCAACUCCAGAUGGGCUCAAUUCCAGAACAGUUGAAUGCUCUAACAGAGCUAAAUGUCCUGAUGGAACAGGCUUGGUCCAUGCCUAUAUAUGGCAAAGACUUGGCCUAUGAGCUUUGUGAUAUUCUACGCACAGAAAGUGCAUUAGACAUAAUAGUCAACAACUUGGCCUCCAGCAAUCGUGACUUGAUGAAGGUAUCAGCCAGACUUUUGGAACAGUCACUGACUACAUCUAACAGACGCCAAGUGGCAGAGAAUGGACUAGAGCUAGUGGUCAAGAUGACCCAUGAUGCUAGAGGAGACUGUGAACUAGCCCAAACCUGUACAGGAAUUUUAGAAAGUCUGUUUAAAACCUCAGAAGACACUUGUGCCAGGGUUAUAAAAUUGGGAGGCCUGGACACAAUUACUUACUGGUGUCGUUGUAAUGACCGAGUGACACUAAAAAACUGUGCCAUUGCUUUGUCCAACCUGGCCCUGUAUGGUGGAGGAGACAAUCAACAGGAGAUGGCAAAACACAAAGUUCCAGAGUGGUUAUUUCCCUUGGCUUUUGUUGAAGAUGAUAGCGUUCGAUACUAUGCUCUAUUAGCUAUUGGUGUUUUAGUUUCCAAUAAGGAAAUUGAAAAUGCUGUUAUGAGCUCAGGAACUCUAGCGCUGGUCUCACCCUUCAUUGACUCCCAUGAUCCAGCAGAAUUCGCUCAGAGAGACAUGUCUCACCGGCAUGGCCGCUCUCCUGGUUGGCUAAAGAGACUGAUUCCAGUUUUAUCGAGCAAAAGAGAAGAAGCUCAGGCUUUAGCAGCUUUUCAUUUUGUGAUGGAGGCUGGCAUUAAAUCUGAACAAGGAAGAAAAGAGGUGUUGUAUAAGAUUGGAGCUGUUGAGCCACUGAAAUGGUUGGCCAGUACACCCAAUCGCGUGGCCUCAAAGUUAGCUGCACAGGCUCUUAAGAUCAUUGGAGAAGAAGUCCCACAUAAACUAUCUCAACAGGUUCCUCUGUGGACCUGCGACGAUGUGACUCAUUGGAUCUCUCAGGGAGGAUUUAGUGCAUACACAGACAAGUUUCAGAUGUGUCAAGUGGAUGGAGAUUUAUUACUGAGAUUAACAGAAGAAGAAUUAAGUGAAAGUCUUGAAAUGACUUGUCCUAUAACAAGAAAAAGGUUUUUACGAGAACUGAGAGAUUUAAAAAUCUCCUCUGAUUACACUUCCUGUGAUCCCAGCAUGCUUGGUGCUUGGCUACAGGAUGUAGGAGAAGACAUGUCACAAUAUACUUACCAAAUGUUGAACACUGGGGUAGACAGGCCACUUCUUCGAUUCAUGAAGGACAACCACUUGCUGGAAGAUUGUAAAAUCUCAAAUGGCAUACACAGAAUGAAAAUUCUGGCCAAAAUUGAAGAGCUAAGGUCUUCCCUAAGUAGUUCUGCUUCCUCAGCCCCAUAUGACAGUGUUGAUGGCAUGACCUGCCACAAGCCUCCCAUUGAUGUCUUCAUAAGUUACAGAAGAUCAAAUGGAUCUCAAUUAGCUAGUUUACUCAAAGUCCAUCUCCAGCUUCGUGGGUUCACUGUGUUCAUUGAUAUUGAGAAACUUCGUGCUGGCAAGUUUGAUGAGAGUUUAUUGGAGAGUGUCAAGCAGGCCAAAAAUUUCAUCAUUGUUCUGACACCUAACUCAUUGGAUCGCUGUAUUGGAGACAGCGAAAAGAAAGAUUGGGUUCACAGGGAAAUCACAGCAGCUAUUGAAGCAGGUAGCAACAUCAUUCCUCUCUUGGAUAACUUCAAAUGGCCAUCACCGGACACACUCCCAGAGGAUAUGAGAAAUGUCUGUUAUUUUAAUGCUGUCCGGUGGAUCCAUGACUAUCAAGAUGCCUGUGUUGACAAGUUAGAACAAUUUUUGAGAGGUGAACCUAACCCUCAACAUUUGGCGAACUUGGCCAGUACUGCAAGUAACACCAGCUCCUCCUCUACCCCACGGCAGACAACGUCAGGGUUUGAAAGUCCCAAUUCUCCUCCUUACCAAAGAGCUCAGGGCUUAAGCAAGACAGCAUCAGUUGAGAGUCCAGGGGAAUCUUGAUGUCUUUUUAGGGUUAAUGAAUAACAGCUGCUCUUAAGGAGAUAUAACUCUAUCAAGAGACAAUAAAAAGUCAGGUUGCUUUAUAUAAUGGCUGUAUGAAAUGACACUUAUUUAUCUCAUCAACUUGCAUUGCACUAGAGUACUUAUAAUGAAUGCACUCGAGUACUUAUAAUGAAUGCACUGAUCUUGUUUUCAGCUUGCAUCAAAUUACACUGAUGAAAACAAGAGAUUUAUUGGAAACAUUGUUAAAAACUAGAAAUAAAAUGGACAUCCUGUUGAAAACAUCAACUUAUAUUGUCAGAAUAGGCAUGUGUGUGUGGUGCCUCUUCACUUGUCAAUUAAGUCUCAUUAGCCAUAUAGAAGAUAUGUUGGGUAGAAUAUAUCAAGCUUUAAGCGUACAUAUAGUUUUGUGGUAUGCAACAUUUUUAACAAGGUUUAAUUUUGAGUUCCAAUACCAAGUCUCUGAACUUAGUGACACAACUCUAAAAACAGUGCCUCCAUGUUGACCUGUGGUACUGAAUGAUUAGCUGAUUCUCUGAUUCAUUUGUCAGAACAAUUUUUUCAGUCCUUCAAAAGAAUAGUUUGGUCUGCAUCCCCCUUCCACAGCAAUACUUUUAUCAAGUGAAUUCUAGUAGCUCUUUGUCUCGUGUUUUUCUCCUUUGUAACAGUUUGAUAGGAAGUGCCCUUUCCUCAAGUUUGUCUUUUUUCUCCGCAGUUUAGUCCUCACCUCUUACAUAUGCAAUUUUUUUUUUAAAGUUGUAGCUGGUACCUAAAUGUCAUUAUGUUGAAGUAGUUGGUAUAUAUUGUCUUCAAUCACUUUUUUCCAAUUGUAAUAGCCUGCCAUUCCAUUCAUAUUUCACCAGAACCUUUUUUUUUUUUCAAUUCUUCAGUGGAAUGGCCACAUACAUUUUCUGGGCUGUGAACUUUAGUAAAUUAAAGUAAGGCGCCCUAAAGAUCUUAUAAGUAAAAAUCCCAGUCUUCACCAUGAUCUCAUCCCAAGACCAACAGGUUUGGUAGCCAAGAGCUUUACCACUUAGCUUAAAAAAAAACACCUGUACACAAUAUUUCUCUGAUUUUAGUUCUCUGAUCAAGUCCUUAUUAAGGUGCCCCUAGUACACAUUCAAUCUUUAUUUUUGCCCUGUCAGUAACACACAAACAUACAUAUUUAUCCAGCUAUUUUGUAGUUUGGAGGAAAAAAAAAAAGACAUCAAUUUGGCUUUUGUUUUUUCAAAAGUAAUUUUUUGUUGUUUGACAGUAUUUACUUUGUCAUUAAAAUUCUAGAAUAAGGACAUAGACAUCCAGUUUCAUAAUUUUUGUGUACACACGCACAAUCACAUUUUUUUAUGCACACCUAAGAGAGUGCUAUUCAGUGAGUUCUAAUAAAACUUUAAACAAAAAUACUAAAAAGAAGCAUCACUUUGUGCCACUAAAUGUUUGUAUUUAGCUUUUAUUAAAAGUUGUUGAGUUGCAAGUUUUGAAAAUUGGCUGAUGUUAUUAAUUGAGCUUUGAAAAAUGAUUAGUUGUUCCAAGUACUUGGUAUGUAAAAACAGGUUCAAAUUUCUUAGUUUUCUCACCAACCCCAAGUGGGAAAAUUGAGGAUGAAUGAUUCAGUCAGCUAGGGCUUUGGUUUAGAAAGAGAGAGAAAUUACAUUACAUUCUCCUUUCAACUGGAGUUUGUUUUUAAACAGACAUUGGUACAUUAGUUACCUGCUUUUUAUGUUGCCCUUCAGCCCUGUUAUGUAAAUGUAACCUGAGCUGGUAAUAUGCCCUAAGCCUUGUCCUGAAAAUGUUGGCUUAAAAUCUUGCCUCUUUUUUUUUUUUUUUUUUUUUUGACAUAAUUGUGGUCUGUAAUAAACUUAUCUAGAUGGAUAACUCUUUUGCAUGUAACAAUCAGUCAUUUAAAAUUAGCUGCUGUACAUUAGAUUUAUGUUUUGUUUUCAUGCUUGCUGUAUACAAGUUACAUCUUUGCUGUAUUAAUGUUUGUGAUAUACCACUGUAUAAAUCAUUCCUUGUUCUCAUUACUAGAAUUAUAAAUUAUAAUAGGACAAAUACAAUGGUGGGUGUGUGACAUGUCCCAUUGUUGUUAGUAGCUUGCGUGACAGUGUAGUAUUUGACUUGUCACAAUGUUGUGUGUGUGUGACAAGAGAUAAGUUAAAGACAUACAAAUAAUUUGAAAUUCCCAGAACUGAUGCAUGCAGGUCUGAGAAUGAGACAUUUUAUUGAUAGAAAAUGUUUCUAGCUAUUUAUUUCACUAAAAGAUUGGACAUUUAAUAACAAAAAAUAUACUUUUGAAUUUGGAUAAUUUUAGGCCACCAGUUAAUUGGACCAGCCACUUAUUUAGACAGAAUUCUAAUCCUAUAACACAGUCAAAUCUGGUUUAUCAGACCAGUAGUUAUAAGAAUCAAAUUCAUCUUGAUAUGUUUUGAUUAACUGGAUUUGAUGGUAUUUAGGUAUUAUUUCACAUUUUCUUUAUACAGGAGUCAAUCUCAAGAAACUUGCAUUGAUUAUCAUUGAUUCCAGAGUAUUGAACAACAGCCUAUAACAUUCACUGUGACUACUUGUCUUACCUUCAAUGUAACAAGACAAUUCAAUAACUUUUUAAUAAUUUAAUUAGUCAGAGUCAUAGAAUUAUUUUGAAACUUGUAUACAUUUGCUUAUGUUUUUUUUUUCUUUCCAUUGGCUGUUUGUUUUCCCAAAAGACUGCUUGUUUACCAAUAUAGCUGUUGGUUUAUUCUUAUUUGACUUGUUUUUGCCUGUGACUAUCAUUAAAUCCACUCCAAAGCCAUAUUGUGCCCCCUGUAAACCAGGGACUGUGUAUUUCAGUUGACUGGAGAUGGACCUCUGGGAUAUCAAUGUCAUUAAAUGAACUCCAUUUAUGUGUGAAUUUUUUUUUUCUAGGUUAAAUUUUAGAAUCAACUUCUAGUAAAUGUCAUAAAUAUAUAUAUAUACAAAAGAAUAUUUGAAUCAUUAUUGAGAAUUUUGUUUUAGCAAUGAUUUAGGUGUGAAGUUAUCAACCAAUUUUUUUGUUAUAAAAGUUUUUAACUUUUUGACAGAAUUAAUUCUAUGUUCUACUAUAGUUAUGGGAAUCUAUUGGCCAAGUCAAUUUCUCAAUAAAUUAACUGUCAGUGUCUUUUUGUUAAGUAAUUAAGAUUUGAUAUAAUGUAGAAAAAAAUAAAUCUUGAAGCCAUUACCUCAUUUUUUAUAGUAUUACCAGACAUUAAAACUUUUUGCAUCAACCUUUUCCAGUUUGGUUUUAAAGAUUGUGAAGCAAUUAAAGUCACUUAACAGUUGGAAAAAAAACAACCUCAUUAGUAUACUUACUUAAUCAUAAUUUACAGAUAACAGACGCUACACAUGCUUCAAACAUUUUAAAGACUAAUACAUCAAGAACUUUCAGUGUAAGUUCCACUCCAGUAUGGCUUGACUAGCCAAGAAAACUAACAUCUAAACACAUUUUUUAUUUCUUGACUAAUGAACAAAAUGACUAGACUAAUUGAACUUUCAUGUGCAUAGGGUGUACCAUAGUAAUUAUCUGUAUUAUAUGCAUCGGAAUUGUUUUAAAUGUUUGUAAUGACCUACGUUUGAUUGACUGAAACAGAAUUAAAACUUGUUGAAACUUAAGAA